UCGCCAAGGAGACCCGGAACCAUUUCUGAGAACAAAAGCUCGCGCCUGUCACGUAGUCGCUGGGGCGGCGGCCGGCCAGUGCCUACUGGAUAGAUCGUUCAUGUGCCACGCCGCGGUGGCGGAAUCGGGGGAGCAGCACGGCCGGCGGCGUCUCGCCGCCGGCGACGUCGGCGGCGGCAGAGGAGGAGACCGCCAGCAGCCCCUGCAGCCGCUGGAGCCCGUGGUGAUGGAAGCCAACACGGCGGCGUCGCCGGCGCUGUCGCGGGCCAGGCAGGCCCAGGAGAUGUCGGCCAUGGUGGCCGCGUUGGCCAGGGUGGUCGCCGGCUCGGCGCCGCCGGCCAAGGCCGUGCAGGAGGCCUCCGCGGAGGAGGCGUGGUGGCCGUACGACGAGCUCGCCGCCGAGCCGUCCCCUUCCUUCGUGCUCGACGGCUACCGCGAGACGCAGCCGCCGCCGGAGCACUACUGGCCUUCGGCUGCGGCGGCAACAGAGGCGGUGACCUCCUCGCAGACGCAGUACCGUGCGGCCUCUGGCGCCGCGGCCGAGGAGGAGCUACCCUCGCCGUCGUCCGCCGGCGCCGGGGCGAGCGGCAGCGGCAGCGCGGCGCCGCGGAAGCGCUACCGCGGCGUGCGGCAGCGUCCGUGGGGGAAGUGGGCGGCGGAGAUCCGUGACCCGCACAAGGCGGCGCGCGUGUGGCUGGGCACCUUCGACACCGCCGAGGCCGCCGCCCGGGCCUACGACGGCGCCGCGCUCAGGUUCCGCGGCAGCCGCGCCAAGCUCAACUUCCCCGAGUCCGCCACGCUCCCAUCGCCGCCGCCGCCGGAUCCGGCCCCGCGAGCAUUGCCGCCGCCGCCCAGGCCGGACGCGCUGCUGGAGUCGCAGGCGCCCCCCACCGGCGGCGUCAUGGAGCAAUACGCGGAGUACGCCAGGCUCUUACAGAGCGCCGGCGGCGACCCCGGUGGCUCAUCCGGAGCACCAAGUGGCACGUUGCCUCCCCCUCCUCCUCCUGCAACGUCAACGUACAGCUUCGCGGCCGAGGGCGCGACACCGUUCAGCUACCUGUCGCCGCCGCAGAGCCGGAUGGAGGCGCUCCGUGACAUGGAGGAGGGGCACGGGCCGAGCAGGCGUGCGGCCAUGGCGCAACGGGAGGUGAGGGGCCAGGCGUGGCGGCAGGGCUACGGGAGGCACGGCCCGGGCCAGCAUGGUGGGAGGCGCGGCGGAUGAGCGCCCUGGCCGGGCGGCGGGAGUGCAGGAGGCGCGUCCCUAGUAGGCGUGGAGAGGCGGUAGCGAUAGGGAUGUGCGGCAGCCGAGCGCCCUGGCUAGACGGCGGGAUAGGGAGGUACCCAAGAACGGAGGUUUCGUUCAAUCAAAGAUCCCGGACGGACGGCGGCGUACAGAGGGAUCAGGAGAACACAGAGGUGCCGUCGGAUCAAAGAUCAGAUGGUUCAAAAUUAUUAAGGUGAUGUGGCUGCACCAUAUGCUAGAGAAAUAGCAAUUAAUGACUUGUAGUGGGGAGCUUUUUUAUAAGAGUUAUAGAUUACAAAGUAGAGUUCUGGGAGGAGUCCGAUUUCUUCCUUCCAUGUGUGUAUCCGGAAUCUUCCUCACAUCUAUACGGUGUGCACAGUCCCGUUGGUUCGGGUCUGACACCACCAGCUUUACAACUCCUAGUUCACAACCUCAACUUUGAAGGCUUCCCAUUUAUGACACAAAGUAGCACCAUAUGUAGGAACAACAGAUACAAAGGAAAUGGUGAGUAGAAUUCAUUUGCACAUGCAGCCCA